AUGGCCGGCAGCAACCCGAGCCACACACCCAUGGAGCCAAGACUCAAGCUGAGCAAGGUGAGCUCAUCCCUGCCUGUUGACGCGACGGAGUAUCGAGGCAUCGUCGGCUGUCUCCGGUACUUGGUGCACAAGUGGCCGGACAUCUCCUACGCCGUCGGCUACGAUAGCCGGUUCAUGGAGAGCCUCACCGCAGAGCAUCUUGCCGCAGUGAACCGCAUUCUAUGCUACAUUGCCGGCACCAUCGACUACGGCUGCCACUACAAGAAGAUUGGAGCAGAGGUCAAGCUGCUCGGGUACAGCGACUCCGACAUGGCCAGCGACGUCGACACCCGCAUGAGCACUACUGCCGUGCUGUUCUUCUACGGCUCCAGUCUGAUGGCGUAA